AUGGCCAGAAGGAGCCUGGGCCCAUGGUUUUCGCCCUGGCUCUGCUUGGUGCUGGCGCUGGACUUUAUUGAAGGGCAGGAGGAAAAACCCUUCGGUGAAAUGUGCCUGGAGGACUUUACGGCAGGGCUGCCAGAUUGGGUGCUGGAUACAGACGCCUCUGUCCAGAAUGGAGCCACCUUCUUGUCGUCCCCCAGGGUGCACCGCAGCAGGGACUGCAUGAGAGCCUGCUGUAAGGACCCCACUUGUAACCUGGCUCUGGUGGAGCAGGGCCCGGGCGCAGAGGAAGACCACAUCCGGGGCUGCUUUCUCCUCAACUGCCUCUAUGAGUGCCAGAUUGGGUGCUGGAUACAGACGCCUCUCGGCUUUCUCAACUUCUUGAAGAAGGACAUGUAUGAUUCCUACCUGGCAAUGCAGGAUCACAGAUCUAGUGAUGACCAUCCUCCAAUAGCCCGCGCUGUCAAGGACAUGAGGGUACAGCCGGGGCAGCCAGUGAUGCUGAGAGGCACAGAGAGCACGGAUGACCGAGGGAUAGUCAGCUAUGAAUGGAAACAGAUCCUUGGCGAUCCCUCUGUGGAGAUGAAGAAACAUGAAGAAGAUCAGGUAGAAAUCUCCAACCUACAGGCGGGGACUUACGUCUUUCAGCUUACUGUCACGGACACUGCACAGCAGCAAGACUUCACCAACAUCACCAUCGUGGUGCUGAACUCUGAGCAGACAGAAGAGCACUGUUUGACUCCUAAGAAGGUGGGCUGGUGUCGGGGAUCUUUUCCACGUUGGUUUUACAACCCAAGCCUUCAGCAGUGUGAGGAGUUCAUUUUUGGUGGCUGCAAGCCCAACAAGAACAACUACUUACGGGAAGAAGAGUGUAAACUUGCCUGCAAGAAUGUUAGAGGUUCUGUUGGUGGACGACAACAGCCAGUAUGUAAUGGGAACUGUCAGCCCCCCUUCUUCAGAUGCAAGGAUGGCUGCUGCAUUGAUGCCUAUCUGGAGUGUGAUGAAACUCUCGACUGUGCUGAUGGAUCCGAUGAGAUGUACUGUGAACAAUAUGCUCGUGAGUUCAAUAGACUGCAGAAAAUCAAUAUCACACAUAAGCAAGGUCACUGUGUGGACUUGCCUGAUACUGGACAGUGCUCUGAGAGCAUCCCCCGCUGGUACUAUAACCCAUUCUCUGAGAAAUGUGACCCCUUCACCUAUGGGGGCUGUGGUGGCAACAGCAACAACUUUCAAGAAGAGGAAGAGUGCAUGAAAUCAUGUUCAGGCAUCACAAAAGCAGAUGUCAUUGGCCGAAGAUGGGAAUCAUUUGAGUCCCAAACUGCUGUCUUAAGUGCCUUUGAGGUAGUGAUUGCCGUGCUCCUUGGGAUCUCCAUCAUGGUGGUCCUGGUGUUCAUCGGCUACUUCUUCCUGAAGAAAAGAAAGAAGAACAGCCGUCACCAUCAGCCUUCCACUGCUACCAGCUCUAGCCUCUACACCAGAGAGGAAAAUGAGAGUCUGUUUUAUGGCAGUGCCACCAAACCAGUCUGA